AUGAUUAUCGAUCAAGUAUUAUUAGGUUUAGCAGGUUUAGCUGCAUCAUUAUAUUCAAUUUAUGUUAAAAAUCAACAUAAAAAAAAUCCGAAAUAUAAAGCCUUAUGUGAUUUGGGACCAAAUGCAAGUUGUACUAAAGUUUUAUCAAGCAAAUAUGGUACUGGAUUUGGAAUUGCAGAUACUUUAUUUGGUAAAAAUAGCACACUAAAUCAAUCAAAUAGUAAUUUAGGUACUAUUUUUUAUACUUUACAAAUUAUUUUUGGUUUAUUACCAAUACCAUUAUUCAGUAAAUUGGCUUUAGUUUCAUCGGUAUUAGCUUGUAUUGGUUCACUUUAUUUGGCUUUUAUUUUGGCUUUUAUUCUUAAAGAUUUAUGUCUUGUAUGUAUUACAACAUAUAUAAUCAAUGCUGGUCUUCUUUGGUCAAAUUUUCGAACGGUUUAUUCCAAACACUGA